CAAAAACACCAUUUUUAAAGCAGAGGUGUCAGGAAAUCGUAGAAAUGUGAAAAAGCGUACAAACUUUGAUAUCUUAUCAGUGUGGAAUAAUACGAACAACACACCGAAUCAAAUAUAGUGUAAAAGUUGCGGUAUUAAUAGAUGUUCACAGAAACGGGAACAAAUGUUACAUAAAAUAGAACAAAGACAGAAACUGCGUACGUAAAAUUAUAAAUGUUGUAUGAUUAGAACAAGAGUGUGAUUAAUGGAAACAUGAUUUAGACACCAGUUUGUACCUAAUGCUUAGAAAAAAAAACCUCACUACUCAGAAUUUCAAAAACACAUUACUACGACUUCGACUUCCCUCUGAAACCGAUCCUCCUAAUCGAACCAAUCUGCGAAACUGUGCCACAACAAUAACGCGCCUAAAAAUUCUAUUUUUGGAAAGCACGAUAAAAACUAAACCAAAUAGAAAAAAAACUUUCGCCGUUUUUUUUUCGGUGAUUCCUCAGGUCUUCGUGUCCGUCGAAUGCCACAUUUCUGCACACGCACGAAAACAGCGCUUAAAAGCCACCUGUUCCACAUGCUGGCGAAGUUAAUCCGCGGUGGUCAGUCGGAGGGCACGGUGGGUCUACGGUUUAGUUCGCGUCGUGCCAUCGUCGACUAUAGGCAGCCUGUGUUCUUAUCAGUACGAAUUUCCGAUGCACUUGGAUUAGUUUCGCGCUAGGUCCGGUAUUGAUAACACGUGCCAAUUUUGAUCGGUGGGUGAGUGUCGGUGCCAAAAUGGACGCGGCAAAGACGUUCUUUCUGGAGUUGCCGAAGGAGAAGUCCAUCGACAUCGAGUUCGAGAAUAUUGAAUACAGCGUGCCAAAUGGACGAAGAGGGAAAAAGCCGAUCGUCAAAGGAGUGUCCGGCAAGUUCAAGUCCGGGGAGUUGACGGCCAUCAUGGGGCCUUCGGGGGCCGGCAAGACGUCGCUGCUCAACAUCCUGACAGGAUUCCAUUCCAGCACCACGGGCGUACGCGGUACCAUCAAAACCACCGCCAACACCCAGACCCGCACCGGCGCCCACCAGUACAGGAAGCAGUCCUGCUACAUCCUGCAGGACGACCAGCUCAACCCCUUUUUCACGGUCAGCGAGAUCAUGAACAUGGCGGCGGACCUAAAACUCGGCCACGGCAUCUCUCAGAAGAGAAAAAUCAUUCUGAUCAACGACAUUCUGGACACCUUGAGCCUAUCGGUGGCGAAAGACACUCGCUGCCAGCGGCUGUCGGGAGGACAAAAGAAGCGAUUGUCGAUAGCUCUUGAACUUAUCGACAACCCGCCGGUGAUGUUCUUGGACGAACCAACAACGGGCUUGGACAGCUCUUCUUCUGCGCAAUGUGUGAGCAUGCUCAAGGAUCUAGCGAGAGGCGGAAGAAAUAUUAUUUGCACUAUUCAUCAACCGAGUGCUACUUUAUACGAAAUGUUUGAUCAUGUUUACGUUAUGGCCGAGGGCGAAUGUAUCUAUCAAGGGGCGAGCCAGAAUACUGUGGCUUAUCUUUCCUCGAUUGGGCUGAAUUGUCCCCAGUAUCACAAUCCAGCGGACUAUCUCCUGGAGGUGGCUAAUGGCGAAUACGGAAACUUCACGGAUCUUCUGGCAAAGACCGCCCUAGAAAACCAAUGGAGGACCGCUCUAACCCCCAAAAAACUGGAAAACGAGAUAAGUCUGUAUACACACCAGUACACCCAAACCAUGGGCAGCUACCAACAGAGCUUAGUAUUAACUAGUCAGGCGUCCGAGUGGUUCAAAUUUUGUAUUCUAGUCAAAAGGUCUUUCUUACAACUAUAUAGAGAUUGGACCAUUUCUCACCUAAAAAUAGUUCUCCAUUUUCUCGUAGGAAUAGUGUUAGGAUUAAAUUACUACCGAUCUGGAAACGACGGUUCCAAGACUCUCAGCAACGUAGGCUACUUUAUAAUAAGUUCUGUGUAUCUCACGUACACAUCUUUAAUGCCAGCAGUACUCAAAUUUCCCUCAGAAUUGGCAGUAUUAAAAAAGGAGCGGUUCAACAACUGGUACAACCUCAAGACCUACUACGCCGCUUUCUUAGUAUCAGAUAUACCAAUGCAGAUAAUAUUCUGCGUAACGUACGUUUCGACGUCGUACUUCCUCAGUGACCAACCGCCAGAACUUUGGCGGUUUUUAAUGGUUCUGGCAAUUCUGAUACUCGUGUCGUUGUCGGCCUCGAGUCUCGGCUUGCUAAUAGGAACUUUAGCAAACCCAAUUAACGGGACUUUCUUUGGCGCUAUUUUGACAGCGUUGAUGUUGACCCUUGCCGGUUUCCUCAUUCUUUUCACCCACAUGCCCAAAGUCAUGUACUACUUGACGUAUGCAUCAUUUCUUUCUUACUCAUACGAGGGAUUGGUGCAAGCGGUGUAUGGCUUCAACAGAGCGGCGCUCCCCUGCCCCGACGACGUGAUGUACUGUCAUUUAAAAGUGCCCGAACUUAUUUUACGGGAAUUGGGGAUGGUGAGGAACACGUUCUGGACUGACAUUGCUUUCCUAGUUGGGAAUUUCUUAGUGUUACGGAUGGUAGCGUUCUGUACUUUAAAAAGACAGCUUAAAAGUGGAUGAACAGUGUGAUAUUUCUGAUUAUUUAUAAAUGUAGAAGAUAUUAGCUGUGCUAAUAUCCGUACGUGGUGUAAGAUAAUGCGUUAUACUAUUGUACAUAGAAAUGAAAUAUUUAAUGCAGAGUUUGCGAUCAUGUGUCAGUUUGUUAUUGGUAAAGCGUGAAAAUAAAUGUUUGAAGUUG